AUGAUAACGAAACGGAAGUUAUGUUUAUUUGAAGCGAGUACCGAUCGAAUCGAAGAAUCAAGGAGAGAAUACCGCGAGGAACACAUUGAAUCAGCUCGUUUGCUUCAAUUCUCGAAUUUGAGCGAAAACGGCGCACCUAUCCAUCCACUUCAAUUUCAACGAUAUGCGCGCGGCUUGGGAGUGGAUGCGGAUUGCUAUGUGAUCAUUUACGAUCGUGGAGAGUUGAUCUGGGCUACGCACGCUUACUGGACCUUUACGCUGUUUGGACAUCCAAAAGUGUUAUUGUAUUCUGGCGGUCUAAGCGAGUGGCGAAAGCUAAAGGCCAAUUCGGCUCAGUAUAAAACAGAAAGUGGUAUUGAUACAUACUUGCAGCGCAAUGGCCAUUUUCGAGCUGAAUGGAAUUCAGCAGUGAUCUGCACAUUCGAUGAUGUAUUAACGAACACGGAGCUAAGGACGCACGAUCUAGUGGAUGCACAGGAUCGCGAGCAAUAUAACGGCAUGUCGCCAGAUGCUGUGUACGGUCAUAUCCGCUCAGCUAUAAAUAUCCCUGCAGAGGAUGUAUAUAACUGGCAUGAACAAAGCUGGCCCAACAAAUCUGACUUGAAGUCUCUUUUGCUAUACAAAGGGCUCAACGGAACAAAGCCAGUAAUUGUUUAUUCAGCAACGGCGAUCCGUUCCAGUUUGACAUGGUUUGCUUUGAAAAAGUCUGGCUACAACUCUAGCAUUUACUUCGGCUCGUGGCCGGAAUGGCUCAUAAGAGCACCUGAAUUCCUCAAAAUUAUUCCGAAGAAAAAGUUGUAG